UCCUCCAGGGUAGUAGGCUGUUUCCUGGCCUAGGUUUCACGUGACCGCGCGGCCACAGUUCAGAAACUGCGCGCACAGCACUGAAGAGAGACUAACCAAACGGGAAAAUAGCGUUUGAAGAUAAUUAUCGUGGGGAAAUAUAUUGGUUGGAUGUCGGCAAUUGUGGAAAAAAUGGAGUUUCUCAUAGGAAGCCCGUUCACUACGCCUGUCGGACAAAGAAUAGAGCGAGCCACCAGCGAAGCCCUGCAGUCAGAAGACUGGGGCCUCAAUAUGGAGAUCUGUGACAUCAUCAAUGAGACGGAAGAGGGACCCAAGGAUGCCACCAAAGCCAUAAAGAGGAAGAUCGUGGGCAACAAGAACUUCAGAGAGAUCAUGUUGGCGCUGACCGUUCUGGAGGCGUGCGUGAAGAACUGCGGCCACCGGUUCCACGUUCUGGUGGCGUCUCAGGAGUUUGUGGAGGGAGUUCUAGUCCGUUCCAUCCUUCCCAAGUACAACCCACCCACAGCUCUACACGACCGAGUACUGAGCCUCAUACAGGCGUGGGCGGACGCGUUCCGGAACUCUCCCUCCCUGGCUGGGGUGGUGGGCGUGUACGAGGACCUGAGGAGGCGGGGCCUGGAGUUUCCCAUGACAGACCUGGAUGCCCUGUCGCCCAUACACACGCCCAACCGAAGCAUUCCAGAGAACGGCACGGACAUAACCGCGGCCGCGCCUUCUGCUGAUGCUCAGACGCGCCCUGCUGCGUCGACGUCCACCUCUGCCCUUCCCCGGAGUGCCCCUACCCAGAGUGCUUCACUUGCACAGCCUAGCGAGGGGCCUGUGUUCAUCCCUGCCGAACAGGAGCAGAAGCUAAGUGCAGAGUUGGCGCUGGUCAGGGGCAACCUGACCGUAAUGACUGAGAUGCUCAACCAACUCACACCAGGCCAGAGUGCACAACAAGACACAGAGCUGCUUCAGCAGCUGUACUCGGUGUGCAAGAGCAUGCAGGGUAGGGUGGUGGAGCUCAUCCCCAGACUGGUGGACGAGGGCCUCAUCGCGGAGCUGCUGGUGGUCAACGACGACCUCAACAACGCCUUCAUCCGUUACGACAGGUUUGACAGACUUAAUAAGUCACAGAGAACCACUCCACAGCAGACCCCAAACAACAGCUCCUCCAACCUCAUCAACCUCAGCCCCACCCCAAAGCCCCUCAGCCAACCAGUGACCUCCAUAGCUCCCAGUCAACCAGCAGCUGGCUCCCCAGCCAAUCAAAGUCCGGCGCCUCAACUCUGUCCAGCAGAGGAGGCGGAGUUUGAUAUGUUUGCCCAAACCAGGGGCAACUCCCUGGCAGAGCAGAGGAAGAGUGUGCGGUAUGAGGACCCCGGAGCAGUGGAGGGCCUCGCGGGGGCCUUGGACACCAGGUUGCAGGUUACAGGAGCAGUCAAUCCACGGGUCACGUCAUCCAAGAACCCCACGUUGGAUGAAAUUGACAGGUGGUUGUCGUCAGACACACCACCUGAUUCUGUUGUCUCCGACGGGGUGACUAGUGAUGAAUUUGACAAGUUCUUGGAGGAGAGGGCGAAGGUGGGGGACCAAGCCCCUGCACGCAGCCAGCCCCCCACUACCUCAGCCAGACCGCCACCCCAAUCUGCCCAGCAACAAGACAGGUCAUCACAUGACCAGCUUUUCUCACUCUAAGAGUAAAGAAGCACUGCAAGACUGGACUGAUCACGGCGGGUCUACAUGAACUGGUCAGCACACAGGAGGAUACACACACACACUGUUGUAAGUCUACUUUAGACGUGACCAGUGAAACACACAAACAACCAGUGACACAUUCAUUUGUCAGAAGUGCCUUUGAAUGCCUGCAAUCCAAAAAUGUAUGUAUUUGUGCCCCUUUCUUUCUCCUUCACACACACACACACACACACACACGCGCGCACACACACACACACACACACACACACAUCACUACAUGUGGGCUUUUCAAUUAUGCAAUAUAUGUAUUUGCUAAUUGCUGUAGCCAUACUGUGUGGAAAUACUGAGACUAUCAAAGAAAUGCCUGAAGCAGCAUUAAACCUUAGACGGAAUAAUCUUUGAUUGUAGUAUAGCAUCUGUAUAGGUCGUUGUGCAUAUUAAAUGUAAUAUUAAAAUGUAAGAGAAGAAAACCAAAAUUGUUUGAAAUUCUAACAUUAAACAGUGUUGAAAGCAACUUGAUGUUGUCGUAGGACAGCUUUGACCAUGAACAAGUGAUUCCAGUAACAAAUAAAUGGGUCUUUGGUCCUGACAAACAUA